AUGGCAUCAAGACCAGAGCUCAAAGUAGAGGNNGACGAAUAUGGCUUCAUCAAGUUCUUCAGAAAUCUGUCCGGCGUAGACGACGAUACGAUACGACUCUUUGACAGGGGCGAUUUCUACACAGCCCAUGGAGAUGACGCCAAGUUUAUUGCACAAAAUCAGUACAAGACAACCUCGGUACUCAAACAACUCGGUCGCGAUCCUGGACUUCCAUCUGUCACACUCUCACAAACAGUAUAUCGCAAUUUCCUACGCGAGGCUCUUUUCCGUCUGGGCAAGCGUAUUGAAAUUUAUGAGUCUACUGGCAAGAACAAAUUCACCCUUGCGAAGCAGGCCUCUCCAGGAAACUUGCAGGAUGUUGAAGACGAGCUUGGCAGCAGUAUGGAAGCUGCACCUAUCAUUCUGGCCGUCAAAGUGUCUGCAAAAGCAUCCGAAGCACGUAAUGUGGGUGUCUGUUUCGCCGACGCAAGUGUGCGUGAGCUUGGUGUGAGCGAGUUUGUGGACAACGACAUCUACUCCAACUUCGAGAGCUUGAUCAUUCAGUUGGGUGUUCGAGAAGUUCUGGUACAGUACGACGGACAGAAGAAAGAUGGAGACUUGGCCAAGCUACGAGCUAUUGCAGACAACUGCCAAUGCGCCGUUUCAGAACGCCCCUCGGCAGACUUCAGCAGCAAAGAUAUCGAGCAGGACUUGAACAGGCUGUUGCGCGAGGAACGCGCCUCGACUUUGCCACAGACCGAACUGAGACUGGCUAUGGGAGCUUCAGCUGCGCUGGUCAAAUAUCUGGGUGCCAUGUCAGACUCCUCGAACUACGGCCAAUACCAGUUGUACCAACACGACCUUUCACAAUACAUGAAGCUGGACGCAUCCGCGCUGAAAGCUCUCAACCUCAUGCCUGGACCCAAGGACGGCUCCAAGACGAUGAACCUGUAUGGCUUGCUAAACCACUGCAAGACACCCAUUGGCAGUCGACUGCUCGCUCAAUGGCUCAAGCAACCCCUGAUGAAUCUAGAAGAUAUCGAACGCAGGCUACAACUUGUCGAAGCAUUUGUCAACGAUACCCAGCUUGCCGAAUCUAUGUCUUCAGACCACCUCAGAUCUAUCCCCGACCUGUAUCGCCUGGCAAAGAAGUUCCAACGCAAGAAUGCCAAUCUAGAGGAUGUCAUUCGUGUCUAUCAGGUCGCUAUCCGCAUACCUGGUUUCAUCGGUACUCUCGAAGCAGUCAUCGAUGAACAAUACAAAGACCCUCUUGACACAGAAUAUACCAACAAGUUACGCGAGUGUGCUGACGCUCUUGGUAAGUUGCAAGAGAUGGUAGAAACAACGGUGGAUCUUGAUGCACUCGAAAAUCAUGAAUUCAUCAUCAAAUCUGAUUUCGACGAAGGCUUGCGUGUCAUCCGAACCAAGCUUGACAAACUCCGCUAUGGCAUGGACAAGGAGCACGGCAGAGUUGGAGAUGAUCUUGGCCUCGAUACUGAGAAGAAGCUCUUCCUCGAGAAUCAUAAAGUUCAUGGCUGGUGCUUCCGCGUCACAAGAGCAGAAGCCGGCACGAUUCGCAACAAGAAGCAAUACCAAGAAUGCUCGACACAAAAGAACGGCGUCUACUUCACCACAAACUCUUUACAAGCGAUGCGCAGAGAACAUGAUCAGCUGUCCGAGAGCUACAACCGCACUCAGAGUGGUUUGGUGCAGGAGGUUGUUGGAGUCGCAGCUUCAUACUGCCCUGUCGUCGAGAAGCUUGCCGGUAUCCUUGCACACAUGGAUGUCAUUGUUUCAUUCGCUCAUGUCGCCCUUCACGCACCUACACCUUACUGCCGACCAAAGAUGCAUCCUCGCGGUACUGGCGAUACUGUCCUCAUCGAAGCUCGUCAUCCUUGCAUGGAAGCACAAGACGAGAUAACUUUCAUGGCUAACGACGUUACCCUCAAGCGUGGGGAUUCUGAGUUCUUGGUAAUCACAGGACCAAACAUGGGUGGUAAGAGUACAUACAUCCGCCAGAUUGGUGUUAUCGCUUUGAUGGCCCAGAUGGGCUGUUUCGUACCUUGCACAUCUGCCGAGCUUACUCUAUUUGACUGCAUUCUUGCUCGUGUGGGUGCAAGUGACAGUCAACUCAAGGGCGUCUCCACUUUCAUGGCCGAGAUGUUGGAAACAGCCAACAUCCUUAAAUCAGCGACGAAAGAGAGUCUGAUCAUCAUCGACGAGUUGGGCAGAGGCACAAGCACAUACGACGGUUUCGGUUUGGCCUGGGCUAUCAGUGAGCACAUCAUCAAGGAGAUCGGCGCUUUCACCCUCUUUGCAACCCACUUCCACGAGUUGACUGCACUAGUGGACACCUACUCGCAAGUCCAGAAUCUGCAUGUCGUUGCAGAUGUCAGUGACGGAUCAUCGGCAGAUUCAGCACCUCAAGUGUUGCUCAUGUACAAAGUCGAACCUGGAAUUAGUGACCAAAGUUUCGGCAUUCACGUUGCGGAGCUCGUCCGCUUCCCAAAGAAAGUCAUUUCCAUGGCCAAGCGCAAAGCAGAUGAACUGGAAGAUUUUGCUGGCAAGAAUGAGGAGGCAAAGUCGGAACUCCAGAAUGCAAGCAAGGAGGAUGUUGCAGAAGGCAAUAGACUUCUCAAAGAACUGUUGGUGAAGUGGAAGCAGGAGACGGAAGGCCAAAGCAUGGAUAGCAAGGAGCAGGUCAAGAGGCUGAAGACUAUGGUCGCAGAGAAUGAGCAGCUAAGGGCCAACAAGUUCUUCGUGGGAUUGAAGGGAUUGUAA